AGUGAACCGGGUGUGCACCAUCCGAAGAAUAAAAGAAACCCUCGCCCAUUUUUCUCGGCCUGAAUCUCUUUCAUCGACGGCUGCUCCUUCAACCCGGUGAUUCAUUUUACGAGCUCGCUUCCAGGUGUUCGUGUUUCUUUAACACUCGUGUAUCAAUCAUUAUGUCGGACGAGGAACCGGUUGACCAGAAGAAGUAUUUUGAAGAGUUAUGCAAGCCCAAGUGUGUUAGAGCUUGGCUUGACUAUCAGGGAUGUGUGAAAAGGGUUCAGGCUGAUGAAACGGGCCACAAACAUUGCACAGGACAGUACUUUGAUUAUUGGCAAUGUGUCGACAAAUGUGUUGCACCUAGGCUAUUUGCAAAACUCAAGUAAAGAGGAUGAUAUAGAGAUACUCUUGGAUUUUGCUUGUAAUUUUUGGUAAACUAAUGCCUUGAGUUGAACUUGAAUAAGGAAAAAAGUGUAUUUUCCCUUGAACUUGAUUGGUUAUGGUGCCCAUUUCCCUUGUAUUCUAUAAAGAAAUAUUUUUCCCUCUUUUAUGAUUUUAAUUUACGUA